AUGGGAUCGGUAGAUUUGGCGAAUGCAUUGGCGCAAUGGGUAAUCCGCGCGGGGAUUCCCGAUCAGGACAAGUAUGAGGAAAUGGUGUGGAACAAGACUAAAGAGGUCAUGGCGGAAUUUGUGGACUACAUGCAGAAUGACGACAUAAUAUCGUAUGCAACGCCCUGUGGUAACGCAGGAUGGGAGCACCAGAAAUACCCCGCCGGUGUGCGCGGAGUAGGACAAACGGUGGGCGAUAAAAUUGUAUGCGUACUUAUGGUAGGGGCAUUAUAUUUCAUGAAUGGGUGGAAUCGUGCAGAACAAGUUAGACCAAAGGAGGAUGCAACCAAUGAAAGCAUAAGGGAGCACUUGCGCUGUAUAAUAGUACAUAUGUUCAGUCAAGUAUUACACGAAUCCGUGUGCAGAAGUAGGUGGGCCACAUUGUAUGCAUGGUACUCGAUGGUAGAAUUCGGACAGGGGGACGGUGUUGGGGGAGGUUUAAUAAAGAAGGGAACAUGUGGUAGAAACAUAUCUUCGGAUGUGCAAAUAAGGGAAGUUAAGUUAAAUGAAAAAGUCAAACUAUGGUUAGGGCAAAAUAGUACACUCAAAAAGGCAAUACAUAAAAUAACAGGAAAUACACUGUGCAAGACGCCGUGGCAGGACGAAUGGAACCUAGAGGACAUCCUGGGGAAGGGGCAAGCAAAUGUAGCAGAUGCGGGGAGAUUGCGAAUUGUUACGAUGGUGAAAAACUUGGAGGGAGAGAUGAGGGAACUAUUGACGGCAAUCGGAAAACAAGUACAGCAAGAAGUACGAGACCGGGAAGACGCGAAAAGGAGGGAAUUAGGUGAGACAGGCGAGGUUUGGGGAUCCUCAGACAGCUUCGAACGCAACAGGACGGAUAAGUACACACACGACAACUACAGACCGUUUCGAACGAAGGAUGACCAAAACGGGGAGGCCGCCACGACGACUACUGUGCCGGCUGCAACAACAGGAUCGACAGCGAAGGAGAAGGAGAAGAAGAAAGAGGCAAGACCACCAGAACCUCCACCAGCGCAAACACCAACGGAACCACCGGUCGCAGGAGGCACACCAGUAGGGCAAGGACCAGGACCUGGACAACAACCCCCACCACCACCAACAGGUAACACGUGUACAGAGAGUUCCACCAGUACGAAUACUAGCGCAUCCGGUGUUAGCGUAAGCUUCGGGUGUACCUCAGACAAGGAGUUAGGAGUUCCACCCAGUACAAUCCUGCCUCCCCCUGAUCCUGCACCAGGUAAUACUGCAUCCAAGGAUACAGAGAGUAAGAAUGGGACAGAAGCCGGAUCAGCACAACCAACAUCAGGACCCGCACCAGCAGCAACACCAACGACGCCAGCACAGGGAUCAUCAGGAUCAUCAGCAGACCCAGCACCUGCACCACAACCGAAUGGUGCGUCGGGUGGGGAACGAAAGGGCGGUGCUGAUGGAGCCGGAGAAGGCAGUGACGACGACUUCUCAUGGGUAGAUAAGAACCCAUGGGGAAAUAGCACGACAGGUGCCGGAGCAUCGGCAUCCGGCACAAUGCGAUUAAGGCCAUCGUCGAACGGAAAAUCUGGAGCAUCAGCUGCAACAUCCCCGACAGACCGUAAGCAGUUCGAACUUGAACUUGCUUCACCUGCACUCAACAUACACGGUGCCACAGGAGGAUUCGUGCCACCGGUUCCAGCAGCUGGCACAGUCAGUUCAUCGGGUGUAACUCCAGGUGACUAUGCUGUCCCAGACCUAACCGGCACGGUCCUUACCGCCACUACUCCCGUCCUGUUUUUUCUCGCUUCCGUCACCGUCGCCCUUCUUGGUUAUUCCCUAUGGAAGUAUUUUGCGCACCUCGCCAAGCGGCGCCGAACAUAUCGAACCGUUCGUGACGUGCCGUCACCGCCACUCGACGAAGAAAUUCUAGACCAUCUACAACGCGGCGACCUACCGCCACCCGAUUACGGGUACACGAUGGUUAGGGCACGACGUCGCGAUAAAUUUGCCGACCGACGACGACGUCAUCCACGCGUGCAUAAGCGCACGAUCAUCGAGCUACAUCUAGAACUGCUCAACGAAUGUGAAGCGACCGCAUGGGAAAACGUCAAAGACGACUAUUUGCAGAUUGUCGUGCAGGAGUUUGCACAGGAGUUUGCGCAGGAUUUGAUGCGGGACGAGGAAACGAAUAACAAUAUCUUAGAUGUUUCUACCUCGCACGCCUCUGUAACAACCCACGAUUCAACAACCGACCAUUCGACAACCGCCGAUUCGACAACAGACGACUCGAAAACCCGGGAUCCCACGGAAACGGAUACAUUCUCACCUAAUGAGGACGACCCAUGGAGUUGUAUGGAAUCCAUACAUACCGCAACAGAACAGAGUCCCGCUACUGGUCCCGAGGACGCGACGUCGUACUGCACACAAUGGAUCACUUGGAUGGAGCGUAACAAACAUAUUUUGCGGGCGUGCACGACGCAGCCGUGGUUUUUGCAAUUAACAGCGGAUUGGAAACAAUACCUGCUUGCACACAUGGCGGCAAACGACGACAACGUCGUCUCCGCGCACCGUGAGUUCCGUGACGCGGCAACCGUGCCGAUGAUGAAACUGCGGUUGUGGAAAGAAUGGGUAGCGCAACAACAUGAGCUUAUGAAUAUAUAUGGUGAGGAGGCGUGGUUCCAAUACCUAUGGAGUAAUAUCGCGCAGUCAGGAGUAGUAACAGAGGAAGACGGCAUGCCGGAACAGAUACGAACGGUGGAAGGAGUGAGUCACAUACACACAGUAGAUGAAAAACCCACCACAUUUGUAACAGACCAGGGGCCACCUGUAGAAAAAGAAUUAAAAGUAGAAGGAGCACUGGAAGGCGGAUCAGCUUUGAAAGUGCGACAUUUACCACAACAGCAACUGCAUCCGCAACCUUACAUGAAAAAACGGUUAACCGCUACAAUAUGGAUGCUGCUCCUUGCAUUAAUCAUUGAGGAGUGCGAGCUCGAAUGUCGUUUGCAGCAGACGCAGUUAUAUGUGGAUGAACUAUUGCACAAGCUCUGA